AUGAGCGAAAUUUCGUUAGAGACACAUAAAUUCGGGAUCAAGGAAGAGCAAGAAGAAUGGGUAACUGAGAUACAGGAGUUUAGCGACAAGAUGCAUUCACAGUCUAUGUAUUCCAUUGAUGAUUUUAUAAAUAUGAAGAUAAAAAGAGCUUUGGAUGGCUUCACACCUAGCAAAAAUACUAUUCAAAUGUUGAAACCAUCUUUUAUAUCAAGAGAGGAGCACAAGGUCUUUCAGAAGCAAUCUGAAAUCAUUCGAGUAAGAAUGGAUACAGUAGAAUCAUCUCAAAAUCAUGUCCUUGAAGAUCUAACUGACAUGAAGAAAGCGAUUACAAACAAAGCUGAUCAUGAAGAAGUUGAGAACCAGCUUAAACAAAUUGCAGAUUAUAUUAAAAAGGUAGACAAAUCACUAUCAUCCUACACUCUUAAUAAAGACCACGAUAUCACACAAAGGAUGCUUCAAAGGCUCGAAGAAUCAUUAGAUAAGCUAUCAAAGAAGACUUAUUCUGAUGAUGAAGUUGAUGCCAAGUUUAAAUCCAUUUAUAAAUAAAAUGAAACAGACUUACACAACACUAGAUUCUUUCGAAGCUCAAAAUGAUCGACUGUUGCUCAAAAUAAAUAUGCUACAGAGAGAGAUUAUUAAGAACACUAAAGGCCUGGGAGUAGUCGAUGAAACUUUUAAAACCUUGAGAGAAGAGUUUUCAAAUAAGAUAAAGAAAUAAAUGUGAAAUUGAUGACCUCAUAAAACUUAGAGCUAUAGUUGUACCUACUAUUGAUGAUUUCAAAGCCAAGAUAAAGGCUUUUACUAAAGAUAACAAUGACUGCAAAGAUAUUGUACAAAGAUUUGAUGAGGUAAUAACUCUCAAAGCAUCCAAGAUAUCCUUACAUAAAGUAGAAGAGUCACUCCAAAGAAAGGUCCAAGAAGAUAGUUACCAGGAGGACCAACAAAUCAUCUUUGAAGAUUUCUCUAAACUCCAGGCUCAAAUGCAGAACUUGGGAAACAAGAUAGAUGAUUUCAACACUCAUGUCCAAAAUAAGGUCCAAGAAUAUGGAAGAAAAGAGGUCAAUAAAAUAAGAGCCGAAAUCAAUCAGAACAAACUUGGAGGUGGCAAAAUAGACUUGGAUGAUAUCAAAAGUAUGGUGGAGGACAAGAUAAAUAAGGAAGAGUUAAUGACUUUGCUAAACUUUAAAGCAAACAAAGAGGAUUCUAAAAAUAAUCAAAAAGCAUUAGAAAUGCUUCAUAAACAAUCAAAGCACUUGGUUGUAUUAAUAAUAGAGCUUAUAAAGCAAGCUUCGACUAAAUUCACUAAUUCUGAAGAAACUAGGAAUGCUAAAGAGUCUAAAUUGUCUUCGAUAUUAAAAGUUGCACUAAAUAUCGCAAAAUGGAUGAACAGUUUUGAUUUAUACACUCCUGAUGGACCUGAAGCUUUUGAAUGUCCUCCAGAAUUAUCAAACUUUGACCUUUCUGUCAAGAAAAGUUUCACAAGCUUAAAGUCCUCAAGACUGAAACUACCAGUUUUCCCAAAAAUAAGAAACCUAACGCUGGAAUCUUUGUCAGUUCCAAGAAAAGAGGCUUCUGCUUCACCUGCUUUUGCUAAUCCUGGCUCUCAUACUUCUCUCAAACUAUCAAACUCAAAAUUAACCCGCAACUACAGAGCAAAUCUGUCAAUAGAGCCCGAUCUCAACGGAAUGAUCAUGGAAUUCAAAACCCAGCCUUCUAAAUCCCGUAGGGCCAACAUGAAGGUAUGUGACUACUAUACUUAGCCCUUAACAGCAGAAAGCCUAGCCCAUUUACAAGUUGAAAUGUA